AUGUCUUCCAACUUUGUUUCUCCCGGUGGCCUGGCCUCGCGCCGUGGUAGCCAGAACAUCAAACCGCUCUCCUUUGAUACCAUUAAGCAGGGCAACAAAAACCAGGAUGGCGGCAUUCCGACUCCCCGUACUAGCCGCUCUCAUCUGCUUGCGGGCCUGAGAACGGCCCCCAAGUCUGCUGCCGCGGCUUCCUUUGGUCCCAUGUCGCCCACUGGUGCCGAUGGUCCUAUGCAGCAAUUCGCUCGGAACGGCGUGGCUGCCAAUGCCUACGGCUAUGGCCAAGGCAAUGCCUACAACCCUCCUCUGACCGCUUUCCCUCAAUACGGUCAGCAGCAGCAGCAUCAUUAUGCCAAUGCAAUGGGACAGCAGUACACUGUUGACCAGGUGCUCGCUCCCCCCCAGCUGUCCAUGGAUGAGCAGCUGCAAGAGCAGAUGGAUCCCAACCUCUAUGCUCAGCUUGUCGCGACCAACAUGUAUCUCGCUCAGCAGCAACAGAGACUUCAGCAGCAGCUUAGGAGCGUCCAGGCUGCAGCCCAGCAAUUCCAGCAGCUCAAUAUCGGCAGCAACCAGCUUGCUCAGCAGCAGGCCGCUGCUUUUUACGAGCAGCAGCAACACCUCGCCGCACAGGCCGCUGCCGCUCAAGGUCAACAAGUCUACUACGAUUCCGCUACUGGCCAAUACUAUGUCGAUACCUCGGCUUCCAAAGCUGUUUCUUCCAUCAAUAUUGAGCAGCAGCCCAUGACUCCCGGCUUCAACAACUUCCAGCAGCAGAUGCAGAUGAUGCAGCAGCAACAGCAGCAACCUCGCCAGCAACAGCAGGGCGCCCCUCGUGUCCAGGUUUCGCCGCCUCCUGAGGGUCAGCAGGGCUCGUUCCGUGGCUCCUCGCCUCCUCGACGCUACGAUUCUCCCACCGAGGUAGCUCCUCUUCCUCCACCAUCUGCUAACGCCUUCCGACGUGGACACAAGAAGUCAUCUUCCCUGGCCGUUAACAGCGUGCUGGCAGCCGCCGCGGCAGCGGGUGACGCUGGCAAGUCUCCUGCACCCAAGACGGCCACCUUCCCCGCCCCUGCCACUGGUGGAUAUGGCCCUGGCCAGGCGCGGGCUGGUGAGCAUCCGAUUCGUCAGCCUCGUGGACCACCUUCCAUGGACGAGCUGAAAACGAAGCCCACGGCCAAACAUGAGGGCAGCAAGAACUUUGCCACUCGCACCCGACGGUCGGCUGUGCACAACCUUGUCCGCGCUGGUCUGGAACGCCGCAAAGGAUCUGGCAGCUCCAGCGGUAGCAUGAGCCCCGUCUCUGAGACGGCUGAGGAGUCAGCGACUCCCAUUACAGAUAACGAGUCUGACUCUGGACGUAGUGGGUCAGGCAGCUUGGCUGGUGAGGUGGAAUGCCGUACUUCGCGAGGCUCUGCUGCUGGCGGCUGGGGCGCUAUCGGCUCAGACCGACCUAGCUCGCGGCAAAAGGUCCGCGGCAGCGUUGACAGCAACUCUGGCUCCGAGAGCGACAGCAAUUCGUUUGCCGAUGUUUUCAAGAACGGUGCUCUGCGAGCAUCCAGAUCACAGGAGGCUGCAGAUGGCCAGCGAAAGGCCCCCAGACUGGUUCUGACCAGCGUUGAGAAGCGCAAGAUGGCUUCUGUGGCAUAA